AUGACGGAUUAUAAAAACACCGGGAAUUACAACGAUAAUCAGCCGUACGUUGUCGGCAUACUUUCGCCGUCGACUACGCUGUAUAUCGACCAAGCCCCUACAACCAGGGAUACUGUUCCUCCGAAUGAUUUAAAUCUCAGACGAAGGAAUACAAAUUCUUUUCAAAUUACCAGUGUUACAGUGCAAGGUUCUCGGAAGAAUGACGACAUAGCGGACGAUAGCGCAGACGAUUUGGACGAAAGUCACACCGAUGAUUUGAGCUCUGAUUUUUUGGAUUCUUCCCGAGCUGAUAAUGAAGUUUCCCCUGAAGACAGCAAUCCGAUUUGUGACGAUCUAUCUCCUUGCGGUCCAAUAAUAUUUGCUCAAUUGCCAACAAGUGUUAGGGAUCCGAAUAUGAAUCUUAGUCUUGGAGUGACACCCACAUUUACGGCUAUAGGGCCGAAUGUUGUGGCCGGUGGUGUGACAAUGAUGACAAGCAAAUCUGAGAGUCCAAUCAGUGCUCAAGUGCCCAUUAUGAAUCCUCUACCUGAUAAUUGGCAGAGACGUUUUAAAGUGGUAAAGAUUGUUAGUAGCGAGCCGUUUAGAAGAGGACGUUGGUUAUGCAUGGACUUUAAAGAUCCCCCAGCUACAGAGCCAGCUGAUUUGAAGAAUGGAAACAACGGUACGAACACUCCACCAACGAUUCAGAUUACCAACUACGAUGCUGAUCUUAACCAGGGGGAUAUGUUCGGAAUGGAAAAUUAUGCCCACGUGUAUGAAAUACCUAUUAAUCAAACUUUUAAUGGUAAUUUUGUGAUGGGAAAUCAACAACAAAUGUAUGGUAUCAUUCUACCGCAAAGUAACCAUGUGCAGCCAGUAACUUUAGUUCAAGAUCUUAGCUUACAAACUACUACAACUGAUAGAAAUUUCAAUAAUAUAGUAAAUAACCAGAAUAUACUAGUUCAUGCAAUUCCUCCACAUGUUCCCGAACCGGUGGUACCUCCACCUGCACCUUUCUCUCAGCGAGCUCCAUCACCCGUGCCUACUCUCAUUAACAAUUGCAUUCCAAACCAGUCACCGCCUUCUUCCCAAAGUGCCAAUGAUUACAAUAUCUCAUCUCAGCCCGUCCUAAACCACAUCAACGCUGUCAGCAAAGUCAAUCAAGAAAUUACUGUUUCUCGUUCGAGGACUAAUUCGGAAUCGAACAGUAUCGUUAAACAGCUUGCAGAAAAAGUGCCGGUGCGGAUAGACCAAUCAGCUGUUGAGCCUGCGGAUACUGAAAG